AUGUCCCGAUGACAGCACGGACAAGAUGGCGGCCAGCUGGGAAGUGAAGUGAGGAUGUCAACAUCAUUUCUUCAGUUUAAACAAGUCGGGAUUUUCACCAGCCAUCCCUUCGAAGACUCCGCGAUAUAGUUCAUGAUCCGUGCAUCUGCUUCAGGAGGUGAAACCGGGGCAUUUUUACCCAAACGCGCGCAUGUUUCUGCGCUAUGUUUUGGAAAUCCGUUUGCGCAAAGAGGACCAUCAACUCUUGACGAGCGAUCUGGCCUGCAUGAACCUCCAAAACCCACUCCAGGAGUCCUCAAAAGAGCGUUCCCACCUCAGAUCGCGCGCUACAUCGACUGAAACUCUGCGAUCAGUCCGAUCGACGCUGUUUUCAUUGCUGUUUGCGGUGAUUUCCGCGAGGAAGAGCGGCGGUUCUCAUUAAAGCUGCGGAAGUGGAGGAGAGCUUUUCACGCCAGUCAUCUUUCACAUGCACUUUCUGUCCUUCCGUGGAUGCUCUUUACGCCAUUAUCCAACUGUAAAAGAUCCCAGACGGCAUUAAAACUCGGGCACACGGGAUACAGGGGUGCAUUAGCUGUAUCUUGUCCGGAAACAGUAUUUUUUGCUGACUUGCUGGCCAGUUUUAGUGAUUAAAGUGACGCCAUGGCUCAUUCUCCAGUGCAGGGCAGUCUGCCUGGGAUGCAGAAUUUAAAAGCAGAUCCUGAGGAGUUGUUCACCAAGCUGGAGAGAAUCGGGAAGGGUUCGUUUGGAGAAGUGUUCAAGGGCAUCGACAAUCGCACGCAGAAAGUGGUGGCCAUCAAGAUCAUCGAUCUGGAAGAGGCCGAAGAUGAGAUCGAAGAUAUUCAGCAGGAAAUCACAGUGUUGAGCCAGUGCGACAGUCCCUUUGUCACUAAAUACUACGGUUCCUACUUGAAGGACACAAAGUUAUGGAUCAUCAUGGAGUAUUUAGGCGGUGGAUCAGCCCUAGAUUUGCUGGAGCCUGGGUCUCUGGACGAAACGCAGAUCGCCACCAUCCUAAGAGAGAUCUUGAAAGGCCUGGAGUAUCUACACUCUGAGAAAAAGAUCCACAGAGAUAUCAAAGCCGCAAAUGUAUUAUUGUCGGAGCAAGGGGAGGUGAAGCUGGCAGAUUUCGGUGUGGCCGGUCAGCUCACGGACACACAGAUCAAGCGGAACACUUUCGUGGGCACACCCUUCUGGAUGGCACCGGAGGUCAUCAAACAGUCCGCCUAUGACUCAAAGGCUGAUAUUUGGUCAUUGGGCAUCACGGCGAUUGAGCUGGCUAAAGGAGAGCCCCCCCACUCCGACCUGCACCCCAUGAAGGUGCUGUUCCUCAUUCCAAAGAACAACCCCCCCACACUGGAGGGCAACUACUGCAAACCGCUCAAAGAGUUUGUGGAGGCCUGUCUAAACAAAGAGCCCAGUUUUAGACCGACAGCCAAAGAGUUGCUCAAACACAAGCUCAUUGUGCGCUUUGCGAAGAAAACAUCCUAUCUGACGGAGCUCAUCGACAAAUACAAGCGAUGGAAGGCUGAACAGUCGAGAGCGGAGUCCAGUUCUGAUGAGUCUGACUCAGAACCCGACGGCCAGGCAUCUGGAGGGAAUGACUUUGGCAACGAUGACUGGAUCUUCACCAUUCGAGAGAAAGACCCCAAAAAGUUGCAGAACGGAGCCAGUCUAGCGGAAGAGGAGGAGCCCAACAAGAGACCCCUGUCCCAGAGUCUGUCCACAGUCAUCACUCCAGUCUUAACUGAGCUUAAGGAAGGAGCAGGAGAGGCUGCAGCAGCGACGACGGUAAAGCCUGAAGUUCUGGAGCAGCUCGGAGAAGCCAUAUUUUUGGCUGAGGAGGCUUAUCCAGGCAUCUCAGACGUCAUGGUCACUCAGCUUAUUCAGCGGCUACAACGGUUCUCUAGGGCAAGAACAUCAUCGUCAUCGCACCAGUGAUUACUCCAUUGGCCUGUCCGUCUCUCUUAAGUCCCGCCCCCCCCCCGGCAUCAGCUCAGCGAAUCCUGACACCAGCAGACUCUGUGACGUCUACCCUGGAGGACCAACUGUCCUUCUCAAACUCCUCAAAGCUUCCCCUAGUUUCACUCUUCUUUUAUAAUCUCCUGGAACACUUUGGAGUGUGUGUGCGCGAGUGUGUGCGUGUAUGUCAUAGUGUGUUUGUAAUGGAGAGCGCUUAAGCAAAAGACAGAAAAACGUAGAUUUAACUCCUCCGGCUGAGCAGAGCGCGAUUAUUUGGAGGCAGGUCGUUUUUUGCAUUAACGCUUUUGGAAAGAACGCAUUAAAAGUUGUGCGCCAUCAGAGGGCGAGGAGGCCCGAAAAACAAAAUACAAGAUAGUGUGCAUGACUCUGAACAAAAUGCAUGUGUGGGGACAGAUGUGUGUGUGUGUGUGUGUUUGUGUGCGCGCAUCCAAGCCCUGAUGUGAAGGAGAUUGCAGUAUUCGUGCUGAAAUCUCAGGUAAUCCAGGAAGACAGAGGGCGCUAUGUUUGGAUUUGUGUACAGAUCUGUGUAUAUAGUUUCAAUUUUACAGACCUUUAAAAAGAGAUGAUGGAUUUUUUUGCAAAUGAA